AUGGUUUUCAUCAAGAGAUUAGUACCCCUUUCAAUUUUUUAUUGUUUUGAAGGAAUCAUGCUAGGACUGAUUUUAUACAGUGUUCCUUCUAAUUUGAUAGAUAAAGGUGUUGAGAUAAAUAGGUAUAACUUUUCAUUCGUCGUGUUAUUACCUUAUUUGAUCAGAUACAUAAUUGCACCUUUGAUUGAUAGUGUAAGUUGGGAUAAGAUUGGAAGAAGAAGAAGUUAGUUGACAGUCUUGUAUUUUGGAUUGGGGUAUAAUGUUGUUGAAAAUUCUUAGUGUUCUGUUAUAUUUUUCAAAUUUUUAAUCACUAGAUCCAAGUACAUGGUUUUGGAAUACAUUCUGGAUUGUAUGUUUUUUGGCUUGCAUUGAUUUAAUAAUAGCAGCUUGGUUAGUUGAAAGUUUAGACAAGCAAGAUAGAGGGUAUGGAGCAUUGGCUCAAUUUCUAGGAAUUUUGAUAGGAGGAUUUAUUGGAGCAUAUAUUUUUAAAAUGUUUAAUUCACUUGAGUUUUGUAAUACAUAUAUUUAUGCCAUUCCUUAAGAGAUACCAUAUAUUACUCUUUAAAGUUAAAAUAUAGAUUUAUUAUUAGUUGCAUUCAAAGAUUUAUCAUAUAUAUCAGUAGGACUUGCAGUUGCAUGUACAAUUAUAAUACAUAAUGAAAAAACAACUAAUUAAGAUGUAUGAAUAUCAUUAUAUUAGAUAAUCGAAGCUUAUAAAUCAGCUCUUGGAGCAUUUUCGAAUCGCCAUUUGAUUGUUCUCUUUUUGUUUUUUUGUUUUUUCAGAAUAGGGUAAAUGCCUAUUGAUUUGGCUCAUAUUCACUUAAAGAGAGGUUAAUUUACAGAAGGAUAAAUUUAAUUUCUGGAAAUAUUAACCUUUCCAAUUGCAUGUAUAUUACCAUAUUAUAUGGCAAAAAUGAUAAAGACAAGAGUUUUGGAAAUAAGACUAAUCAUAGUAUUUUCCAUUUAUGAAAUUGGUAUAAUAUAUUUAUUAAUUUAAUUCAAUUAGCCAUCUCAGGAGUAUUUAUCAUAACCUUGUUUGCUUCCGAGGAAAAUUUCCCAUUUCCAUAUAGAGAUACUUUGUUGAAAAUAUCAUUAAUAAGUGUUUGGUUAUUAAAUUUGAUUAACAUAACACUUGCUCAAUCAUUCAUUUAUAAAAGCACUUAAAGUUCAAUAGCAGCUACUUUCAUUGCUUUAUUAAGUAGAAAUAUUAAUUAAUAAAUUAAGCCACUGGAAUUAACUUAUAAUUCAUUUUUGAAGGAUUGGUGGAAUAUUUAUUAGCUAAUUAUAAUUAUUAUUUGAUUUGGAUAUGUGGAGUAGGUAUAUAUGCAUUAUUUUUUUUCCAUUUGGCUUCAAGAGCAACUAUGAUUGAUUAAUUGAAUUGCUAAGAGUUUUGUUUAGAAAUUGAUAUCAAAAAAGAAAAGCUUCUAAUUAAUACUGAAUUAGCAACUUUGUCAUGA